AUGAAGCGAUCUCGCGAUGUCGAAAUUGAUGAGAAUGUGGACUUUGAGGCACUCGUACAAAGCAAGCAACUUGUUCGUGGCCUUGCCGAUGCCGGUUAUGAACGACCAUCGCCCAUUCAAUUGCAAGCCAUUCCAUUGGGACGACUGGGUAUCGAUCUCAUUGCACAGGCCAAAUCGGGAACUGGCAAAACAGUGGUGUUCAGCGUGAUUGCUCUCGAGUCGAUUCGUACUGACGUCAAUAAACCUCAGGUGCUCGUAAUAGCUCCAACGCGAGAAAUAGCUAUCCAAAUUCGAGAUGUGCUACGUAAUAUCGGCCGCCAUAUCCAAGGUUUCCAAUGCGAGGCGUUCAUUGGUGGAUUAUCCGUACGUGCAGAUGCGAAGAAAGCACCAAAGUGUCAAGUCGUUAUUGGGACACCAGGGCGAUUGAUCCAGUUGAUGACAGAAAGGAUACUUGAUACAAGUGAAAUACGGCUAUUGGUGCUGGAUGAAGCUGAUAGACUUAUGUCAGAGGUCUUUACCAAGCAAAUACAAUACGUUUAUCGCCGGCUGCCCAAGAGGAAACAAUGCAUUGCAUUCUCUGCCACAUUCUCAGAUGAUCUUUUGAAGCUUUUGGAUACGCUGAUGGAUAAACCUCAAACCGUGCGAUUGACCACUAAAGUGCCCGAGCUUGAAGAGGUACAACAAUAUUAUAAAUCUAUCGACGUUGGGGAAAUCGAGAAUCCUUUCAAGCGGAAGCUGGCAGAAUACAAGGCCAAAUUUGAAGCUGCAGCUGAGAUCCUUGGCAAGAUACCAUUUCAUCAAUGCAUGAUUUUCAUCAACAGUGUCCCAAGGGCUAUGGAGUUGUCCAAAUGGUUGACAGAGAUGGGUUGGAUGUCAGGCUAUAUUAGCGGUGGAUUGUCUCAAGAACAACGACUCGAUGUGAUGGAGCAAAUGCGUGAUUUCAAACUACGUGUACUUGUAUGCAGUGACUUGAUCGCUAGAGGCAUUGAUAUCGAUCGAGUUAACUUGGUAAUCAACAUUGAGUAUCCACGGGACAAGGAGACCUAUAUGCAUCGUGUGGGACGUACAGGGCGUUUUGGUACAUCGGGUAUUGCAGUCAACCUUAUUGGAUCAGAAGACAAGGAGUUUAUGGAAUCACUAAAGAAUGAGGGAGUACACAUCAUGCCUUUGCCAGAGAACGUAUCUUACAGCGAAUUCAGGAAGAUACUCUCUGACAACGAGGAGGAGAUGCUGAAAAGGCAUUGUGCAAAGCGUCAGGAUCAACAGGACAAGCGACCAAAGUUUACAACGUUGGAUAAGAAGCUUCGUACUGCAGAUGAUCGUGUUCAUGCAUCACCGAAAAAGACAGCAAAUCAAAGCAAGUCAUCGUCAGCUAGAUACAAUCAACAAGAUGAAAAGCUGCCUCAUUCGACACAAUCAUACGAUCAGCCUUAUCCUGGACAAUGGCACAUGCCACAUGCCACACAUACGCCUAUGCCAACGUUUCCUCUACCUCUUAUCCAACCAUCACCAACUCGUCAUCAAUACAGCCAUCAAUUUAUACCUCCCCCUAUUGUUGCACCAUCCUUUCCGCCAACGUAUUCAAGAAGUCAUAACCAUUUUAUACCACCUGAUCUCUUCUUUUGA